AUGUGUCUACUCAUGCGACCUUCCACUAUGAAAAUUCCUACACGAGCAGACAAAAACCGUGUUACCAAGCGCAAAUGUGCGCCGAAGAAAAACUGGACAGAAGCUGUCAAGGAAAAGAUUGUACAGUUCCUCACUGGAAAAGAGCUCUGUGGUCUAUUUGCUAAUAAAGCCAAGUCCUCGCAAAACGUCGCUCUACAGGAAGCCCUCGAAUGCACCCAAUGCAGAGAUCUGCAUAUUAUUCCAUACAUGAUGAAUUCAGACAUUGCUGCGGGCUCGUACAUCACAUCAGAAUACCCACCUUUCUUCAUCAGCAAAAACAUAUCAGACGAAUACGUCUCUCCUUUCGACACAGACAUUGCGGCCCACCAAAAUAGCAACGUCACAUUUUGGGAUGAUAUUACUCCUUCCCAACAACAACAUUACUACAGCAAGAUUGAUGCCAUUCUCAAGAAGGCUGAGACUGAGAUAGGCAAGACGGCAGACGAAGCUGCCGUUCUUUUUGCCCACUACCAGGUGGACUUCCACAUCCGCCAACACUACCUCGCUCCUCGAAGUUUCCUGAAUCUAUGCCGCUCUAAGGAUGAUAUCAGGGGGCUGAACCGCUGGCAGUGGGAGACCGCCAUCUCAGAUGAGACAGCAUAUGCAGAAGUCCCCGACUGGGGUGUGGGAUGGGUGCAUGAGCCGAGCAAUUCUAUCGGCCACCAGAUUACAGUAUGGCGGACGGGAAAAACAAGUCGAGAGAAGCACCUUGCAGAAGUGAGGGCCCGGUGGGCAGAGAUCAUGGACGAGAGAAAAGAACAGAGGAUGCGGACAGUCAAAAUUUCGUUGAAGGGCGUGCAUGUUCGGACUUACAAGUAUGAGCCAUGUCAACCGCGUCUGUCAGAGAAGGAGAUUGUGCGUAUUGCAAGGAAACAAGGUGCACAGUAUGAAGCCUGUCUGGAUGCUAUUGCUAUGUGA